AUGGAGAUUAUCUUUUUUUCUACACAUGUGCCCAUUGACCUCGACCAAUACAAGGCUGAGUUCAAUCCUGGCAGGCGGAGCGCUCGUCUCGAAUAUUAUAUCAAAUGGAAAAGCUGGUGCAAUAUCGAAGUGGAAGCAAGGCAGAAACGCGUCGUGCAAUUAUGUACGACGCGCGAUAAUUUGAAAGCAGUAUAUAGUAUGACUUGCAACACAAGCUCUAGUCAGAGUAUCGAGUGGUUCUUUUCUUCAUUGAACUUUGGAGACUCCGACAGUACAUGGAAAUUUAUACCCUUUUUCGCGAUAUGA